AUGUCCUUUUCCUUUGGUUUCACUUCAGAAUCAUUCAGUGAUGACGAGCUGAAUGAUGACAUUGUAAAUGUGCAACAGAGCCAGUCCGAUGCUCAAAAUAGCUUGGCUAUUAACCCAUUGGAUGAUCCACGUUUAGUUUCUCCAGAGGUAAUUCAGCCCGAGGUUUUGGAUUUCAGCAGUGUGGUGAGGUCAUUAAAAGAUGUGAGAUUGACUUUUGAAACGCUGUCACUAUUUGACGGGCAAAUUCAACUGUAUAGAAGAGAGCUUUUUGAUGUUAAGCAUCAAUUGAUGUCAGAGUCUAAUGUUGAACAAACUACGACAAAUGAAAAUGGUGACCCCAUACUUGAGAUUCUACUCGGUGAUACAGCAGAGGAUGUGAGAAAGAAUGUCUACGAAGGUGGAUUAAAAUCCUGGGAGUGUUCCAUAGACAUUAUCGAACUACUAAAUAACCAUGGUAAAGAUUUUUCCACCGAACAGAUAUUUGAUAUGGGCUGUGGUACGGCAUUGCCUUCGACAUUCGUAUUUGGCAAAUACCUACAAUCUAAACUAGACUCAGGACUUAACCUGAUAUUAGCUGAUUACAACAAAAGCGUGCUGGAACUGGUAACUUUACCAAACUUAAUAAUUACUUGGGCGAAAACUGUAUUAACAGAAGAUGAAUGGAUCUCUUUACAGAGAAGUUCAGAUGAAAACGUAGCAAUUGUCGGAGAUGAGCUUCUACUGACAACAAUUCUAUUACAGGCCUUCAUGGAUGACUUGAGUGCUAGAAAAAUCAAAAUCAAUUUAAUAUCUGGAUCAUGGGGAAGAGUCUUCUCAAAUCUUGUGAGACAUCAUGUAACCCCUACCCGUCCUCUACUAGUAUUUUCAUCAGAGACCAUAUACCAACCAGAAAACUUGCCUGUUGUUGCGGAAACGUUAUUAGAUUUAUACCAAGGUGAUAAUCGGACAAGUACAAAGGCUUUAGUUGCUGCAAAAGAUAUAUAUUUUGGUGUUGGUGGAAGCGUAAUUGAAUUUGAAUCGUAUUUGAGAAAACGCUUGACCGAAUCAAAUCUACCCAUAACUUUUGACACAUUCAAGGUGAAUUCAAACUUAAAAAGAUCGAUUGUUGCUUUGCAAUCGACCUAA